GCGACAAUAAUGAAUUCAAGUGCAAAGAAGGUGUGGAUAAACGUUUUCUCGAGGAGUUCAAUGCAAAAUACGGAACAAUUUACUGCAUUGGCAGAGAGUACGAAUGUGACGACACUGAGCACUGCUCUGAUGGCGCAGAUGAAGCGGCUUGCUCAGUCAAGAAAUGUGAUCCGGGAUUCUAUCCAUGUGGCAAUGGCGUUUGCCUUCCUGAUAGUUGGCGUUGUGACGAUUGGUGUGACUGCUUUGAAGACUGCAGAGACGAGAAAGCGAACGCGUGCCCAUAUGAAUGUUUCAACGGAAGAAUCGUCAAGGAAACAAGUACAUGCGACUCUGUAGAUGAUUGUGGGGAUAACAGCGACGAGUUUUUCUGUUAUUUGAGUUCACCAUGUAUGAAUUUAAUAUUGAUAUCAUAUAUAAUUUAUUUCACCAGUAAAAACAAUAUAUAAUGUAUGACUGACAGGCCCGAUUGCCUAAAAGCAACUCAUAUUUACUGUCACGGGGCUCUCCUAGUAGCAUUGGCUAUACAAUAAUACAUAAAACAUUCAAGUAUAAAAAUAGAUAAAUAUAAAUUUUUUCAAUUUAGAGCGCAUAAAUACAGAAAAAAAACUUGAAGUUUAAGGUUAUUCAAAAUGGAUAACAUUAAAAGUAACCCCUAACUAGGAAACAAUCAAGCAAAA